AUGUCGAACCAUUGGGGGUACGGAAAGAAGAACGGCCCAUCUCGUUGGACCAAGUAUGCACCGGCAGCAAAAGGGAAGAGGCAGUCCCCGGUUAACAUCAUAACCAAAAAGUGCUCCUAUGACCCGCGCCUCAACAACUCCAUCUUCACAUUCGACUACACAAGUUCCGACGCUGUUGCUGUCUUCAAUAAUGGACACUCUGUGCAAGUUGAACUGUCUGAAUCAGCCACUUCAUCGUUCUCGGGAGGACCGGCUGAAGAUCGAACUUACAACUUGAAGCAGUUCCACUUCCACUGGGGUAGCAAGGAUGGUGUUGGGUCGGAACAUAAAGUUAAUGGAAAGUCAUAUUCUGCUGAGUUGCACCUGGUGCACUGGAAUUCAAAGUACGAUUCAUUUGAAGAUGCUCUGCAAGAGGAGGAUGGUCUCAUGGUUCUUACAAUGUUUAUCAAUAUUGGUGAUGAGCAUGAAGAGAUAUCAAAGUUGACGAAUUUGUUUGAGAAUAUCACCUUUCCGGACGACAAAGAGAUACUUCCGGAUGGAUUCGAUUUCAACAAACUUCUACCUGAGAACACAGAUGAGUACUGGACGUAUAAAGGUUCGCUGACCACACCUCCGUGUCUCGAAGUCGUACAAUUCGUCAUCUUCAAGGAGCCUAUUGAAAUUUCUUCCGAUCAGAUUGAGGCAUUCCGUUCGCUGAAGUCCAGUCCGGCCAACAGGGAAACCGACGACCCUAGCUCCAAUGACAACAAACUCGUCGACAACUACAGACCCGUCAUGCCCCUUGGAAACCGGGUCAUCUAUGCAUCCUUCCAAUAA